AUGGUCCUAAGCGUCCGAAAAGCCCUCAGGGCCAUCGCGCUGCCUCCUGUCCCAGCCGCGGCGACGCAGCAACAACGACACUAUCUCAUCCCCAGAUCCUUCAAAGACGCUACUGUCCCCAGCUCACCCCAGCCGAAGAGCGGGAUCCCCACAGUAGACAGCAUAAGACGCGGGGAUGCUAGUCUGGGCCAAGCACGGGGAUUCGCUACCAACCAACCCAAGGACCCAAAGAACCUCCCUCUCGAUGGCAUCACGGUCGUGAGCCUGGAGCAAGCCAUCGCCGGCCCCUUCUGUACUCGUCAGCUCGCCGAUCUUGGCGCUCGUGUCAUCAAGGUAGAGCGGCCCGGCGAUGGCGAUUUCGCGCGCAAAUAUGAUACUAGCGUCGCGGGGAUGGCUUCCCAUUUCAUCUGGACGAACCGGUCCAAGGAGAGUCUAGCUCUCGAUCUCAAGAAGCCAAAGUCGCUCGAAGUACUUAAGAGACUUCUCGCUAAGGCUGAUGUCCUCGUGCAGAAUCUUGUACCGGGCGCUUCAGAAAGGCUAGGCUUAUCCUUCGACAAGCUACGCAAGAAGAACCCGGGGCUCAUCGUGUGCAACAUCUCCGGGUACGGCCCAGACGGCCCUUAUAGCGAUAAGAAGGCCUACGAUCUGCUGGUCCAGAGCGAAGCAGGCUUGCUCUCGGUGACAGGGAGCGAGUCGGAGCCCGCAAAGGUAGGGAUAUCGAUUGCGGACAUUGCUUCUGCCAUGUACGCGCACCAGAACAUUCUUGCCGCUUUGCUCCGGCGUGGCAAGACGGGCGAGGGUGCUUCGAUCGAUGUCUCCAUGCUGGAGAGCAUGGCUGAGUGGAUGUCGUUCCCGAUGUAUUACUCGUACGGCGGCACAGAUGGUCCCAGCCGGACUGGAGCAUCUCAUGCGACCGUGUAUCCCUACGGACCCUUCCCAACUGGGAGCGGAGACUGUAUCAUCCUUGGUGUUCAGAACGAGCGCGAGUGGAAGCUGUUCUGCGAGCACGUUAUCGGAGACGCUGAACUGAGCUACGACAGACGAUUCACGAGCAACUCGCUUCGAGUAGAGAAUCGUGACGCGCUAAGAGAUAUCAUUUGUUCUAUCUUUCUCAAGUACCGUGUGGAUGAAGUGCUCGCUCUUCUUGACAAAGCGCGAAUUGCGAACGGCAGGAUGAACAAGGCAGAAGAGCUCUGGGACCACCCGCAGUUGAAGGCAAGGGGAAGGUGGACAGAGGUAGAUACCCCAAUUGGGCCUGUUCCAGCCCUGCUGCCACCCGGCGUGGCGAGCGAGGAAGAAGUCAAGAUGGAGGCUGUGCCGUCAGUUGGUGAUCAUAAUGCCAGUAUUUUAGCUGAACUCGGACUUACGGAAGCAGACCUCUUGGAAGACUAG